UCGCGAUCGAAUCACACAUUGAAUGUGUGUGGACAUCAAGCGAAGAAGAAGAAGAAGAAAAUUAAGAAAAAUUUUCUCGGGAAAGUGAAAAAUUUCUUCAUAAAGUGAAAUUUAAUGUAAAUUUUUUUUAUGUAACGGAAAAGUUUUCGGCAAAUUCGAGAAAUAGUUUUGUAAUAAAUGAGAUAAAAAUUAUGCCUUUAAACAACGGAAAACUAAGCACAGUAUCAAAGCCGUCGUGGCUAAAAGAUACACCAGCCUCAUCAGCAACAUCCUCAUCAUCAUCCGCAUCACCAUCACCAACCACACGAACAUGGCAAAGAAAAGCAUCAACAGAUGCAAAGAAAGAAGAUUCACCAGUUGUAGCUGAGCCAGCAUCAAGAAUUGUAGCACCAAAAGUGAUUAAAAAGGAACUUGAACCGAAAAAGGAAGUUACAGCAAAAUUGCAGUCUAGGGAAAUUAAAGUUCCAUUGAAAGUAGAAAAGACGAUUCCACCGCCAUCAAUUUUAAAGAAACCAGAACCAAAAGUUGUAAAGGAACCGGAAGUAAAAGCUUUAGUAGCUGACAAAAAGCUGCCACCUAAAUUUGGCAGUAAAUCGCCAAGCACAACUCCAAGUAAAUCAACACCCAGCACAACACCAAGCAAGUCACCAACUCCAUCAAAGACACCAGAAUCAUUUGACGAAUCUGAUGAGGAUGAAGAGGAAGAGGAGGAAGAAGAAGAAACAGAAUCAGAAUCCGAAACUGAGUCUGAAUCAGAAGAUGAAAUUGACUCAGACGAAUUUGAUUUUAGUGACAAUGAACCGUAUCGUCCACCAUCCCCAGUAAAUAGUAAACAAAAGCUAAUCAUCCCCGCUUUGAGGAAGGUCAAGAAAGCACCCGAACCAGAACAAGAGAAGAGACGAUCGAAAUCACCCGAAUUUACAUUUAAAAAGCCUGAACUUAAAAAAGUCGUCACUAAAGAACCGACAAUUGUGCGCGAACGUUCACCAUCGCCUGAGCCAAAAUUCCUAAAGCAAAAAUUGAGAAAAGUUCCGUCAUCAUUGAGGUCAAAGAAUUUACCACCACGUGAGAAAAUUCCAAUUGUUGAAUUGAAGAAGGCACCGUCAAAGCAAAUGGAAGUUGAAGCAAAGAAAAUUUCGGAGGUGUCUCUUAAGCCUGCAAUUUUGAGAGCUGAAAGCACCAAGAAAAUUCCAGCUCCUCCACCACCUCCCCCUCCACCUCCACCUCCUCCAGGCCAUAAGCCUCCACCAGACUUUGAUAAGAAGCCAGUAUCAGAAAAACGUCGUGAGACAAUAGAAAAAUUAAAAACUCGACCAAGAAGGCGUCCAGACUGGUCAGAAAUGAUGAAAGAAGUCGAAGAUGGAAGGAAGUUGAGACACGUGCAAUGCAAUGACCGCUCAAGUCCAAUAAUCACAUGCAAAUCAAUGACAAAAGUUCAAGGUCAAUAUGUCUUCGAAACGGAAAAGAAAAAUACAGACUUGGAUAAUUUACUGCAUGAAAUUCAAAGUGGAAUAAAAUUGCGUCCAGUAAAGACAAAUGAUCGUAGCCGACCGGUAUUAGAUGGCUUAAGGAAAUUCCGUCGUCAGAUGACAAUUGAGGAACAGAUUCAGAAAUCUGAGUCAAAAGCUGUCCUGAAUACAGAAUGUCCACAAUCACCCUUACCGGACGAUGAGGAUGAGCUCGAUGACAUCGACAGAGUUCGUGAUGACUUGCAAAGUACGAAACAAAUGUUGGCAUUAGAAUUGAGAAAUAAAGAAGCACAAGAACGUGAGAAUAAGAGAUUGCUUGCUAAAAUUGCAUUAUUGGAAGCUGAACUGCAUCAAUCAAGAGGCGGUGUGGCUACUGAACCAUCAAUUUCAUUAUCGAAUGGAACCACAGAUGAUGCAUUGGUUAAGACUUUGAAAAAGGAAUCAGAUGAAGCACAUCGACAGUCAAAGUUCCUUGAAAAGAAAUAUCAUGAAGCUGCAGAAAAAUUGGAUCAUGCACAAAAGGAAAUUGAGGAACAGAGAAGAUAUAUCGCUAAUCUAGAAAAGAAAUUAAAUGGCGGAGGCGUAGAAUCUCGUCGACAAAGUGAAGCCCAACAAACCAAAGAAAGCUCACCAGAAAUGGAAUUAGUUCUAUCAGAAGAGGAAGAAGAUGAAACAGAGGAACAGAAAGCAGAAAGAGCUGCCAGACGUCUCAAACGUGAAGUUGAAAUGCUUCGAUCAAAAUUAGUCAGAUUAAAGGAAAAAGAACAAAAUGCAAGAAAUGAAAGAAAAGCAUUGAGGGACGGAAUGAAGAAGAAUCAACAAAUUCUCAAAGACGAAAAGAAGAAAUUCAAGAAAUUACAAAAGGAAGUUGAGAAAAUGGCAGCAAUGAUGAAAGCAGUUGAAGAUGAAAAUUCAGAUGAAGAGCAUGAAGAAAAUGAGGAACCAGAGGAGGAGGAAGAGGAUGAAUCAGAGCCAGAAUCAGAAGAGAGCGAGUCAGAAAGCGAAAGUGAAACUGAAAGUCAAUCGGAAGCUGAAGAUGCCGAAGACCUGACAAAGAAGGACAACCUCGAUCCACGAGUAAAACGCCACGACGGUCGUCUAUCAUCAUUAAAGAAAGGCAAUUACUUACUAGAAGCAAAUGUUGAACGUCUCAAAGAUGAAAUUAAGGAUCACAAAGAAAAGUGUGCCGCCCUCCAAGCGGAUCUCGACUCUGUAAUUGAUUUAUGCUAGAU